CGGUCUUUACCAACCGCGACGCUUCCCACCCAUCACCCACUCGCGCCCACCAUGAGCAGCAUUGACGACCUGUUUAAAAAGCCCGUCCUCCCGAGCAACAAGCGCAAGCUCGAACCCCUCGCCGACCCUGACCAACUCUACAAAUCCGCAAAGCUCGCAAAUGGCGACGUCAAGGGCAAAGGGCGCGCAACCGUCGAGGACGACGAUGAGGACAUAGAGGCCGGGCCCGCGCCACCGCCUGACGACGAGGAAGAGGUCGACUUCGGCGAUGAUGAUGAGGAGGGCCGCUUCUUCGGCGGUGGUAUGGACGAGAAGACGGCAAGCGCAAUGAACUACGUCGACGAAGCCGACGAGCAGCCCUACGUCGCAGAGACCAUCGAUCUGCCCUGGCUGCGCAAGCUGGCAUUGAACUUCGAAAAGCGCAUAUCCAAGAACGCCGAGCUGCGCGCCAAAUUCGAGGACGAGCCGCAGAAGUUCAUGGGCUCCGAGGCUGACCUCGACGCCGACAUCAAGAGCCUCAGCAUCUUGUCCGAACACCCGGAGUUGUACGAGGAAUUUGCGAAGCUUGGUUGCGCCGGGAGUCUGGUGGGCUUGCUGGCGCACGAGAACACGGACAUUGCCAUCGACGCCAUCGAGAUCAUCUCCGAAUUGACAGACGAAGACGUUCAAGCGGAGGCGGCACAAUGGGAUGCUUUGGUCAAUGCUAUGUUGGAGGCAGAUCUACUGAGCCUUUUGGUCUCGAAUUUCGAGCGCCUAGAUGAGGGCAACGAGGCCGACAGGGGCGGCGUAUACCACUCACUUACCAUCGUCGAGAACCUGGCCUCCAGCACUUCAACCGCAGAUAUCUUGGGCAAAGACACGAAGCUCCUAGAAUGGUUGUUGGCACGUACGCAGAAAAAGGAAUCCCCCGUCACGCAGAACAAACAAUACUCGGCCGAGGAUCUGGCCAUCUUAGUACAGACUUCUAUCCCCAACCGUCUCGCCCUCAUCUCCCUCAACGGUGUCGAUACCAUCCUCACCCAGCUCGCUGCCUACCGCAAGCGGGAUCCCGCAAAAGACUCCGACGAGGAAGAGUACGUCGAGAACCUGUUCGACGCGCUCACAUGCCUCGUCGACACGGCAGCAGGCAAGAACGCCUUUGUCGAAGCCGAAGGCAUUGAGCUAGCACUAAUCAUGCUACGGGACGCCAAAUUCUCCAAGCCGCGCGCACUGCGGCUCCUCGACCAUGCUCUCAACGUGAACACCAGUUCUAACGUCACCGCAAGCUUAAAGCACGACGAAACCAGCAGCUCGCAGGCGGACUCGUCACGCUCUGGCGCUGCUGCCUCAACCGCCGUCUGCGAGCGGCUCGUCGAAGCCGCAGGCCUCAAAACCGUCUUCAGCCUGUUCAUGAAGAAGCAGGACCACGCAAACACGGAACAUCUAGUGGGGAUACUGGCGGCGCUGCUGCGGUCGCUGCCUGGGGACAGCGCGCCGCGGAUACGCACGCUGGCGAAGUUCGUGGAGAGGGACUACGAGAAGAUCGGGCAGCUCGUUAAGCUACGACGCGACUACUCGGCGAGGCUGAGGGUCGUGGACGAGCAGAUCAAACGGGAGCAGCAGGGCCGGAAACUCGGUGCCGAGGAGCGCGCGCUUAUGGAGCUGGAUUGGGAGAGCCGCAGGAUGGAUGGCGGGCUGUUCGUGUUGCAGAUUGUGGAUGUAGUAUUGGCGUGGCUGGUGGCAGAGGACGAGGGCUCCAAGGACCGGAUUGUCGAGCUGCUGAAGGAGCGGGAUGAGUCGUUAACGGAUGUGAGGAAGACGUUGCAGGAGCAGAUGAACGGGAUUGAGCCGGCUAGCGAAGAAGAGGGCUUGAGCGAGGAGGAGCAGGGCUUGAAGGAUAUGCUGGCGGCUUUGGUGGGGUUUCUGGAGUAGGCUCAAUACCCCCGGUUUUAAAGUUGCGGAAAACUAUAUAGGUAUCUCCUCCUGGCAGCGUUGCCGGUUUGCAUUUGAUGGGAGUCGGUGCUAUGGUUCGCUCAAAGUGGUGGGUUUGUUUUUAGGCUUCGGACAAUUUGUCUUCCCCAAAUGAUGCAAAAAUAUAUGUAGAAAUAAUCUCCCCCCUACACGUAUCUAAACCUAUAUCUCCGUAUCUCUGUAGAGUACUUAGUACCCUCA